CGGGAUUCGGGGCGGUCCCGGGCGCUCCCCGCCGGCCCCGCAGCUUUGAUGGGGUUCCCUGUCGCCCGCCAGGAUCAGCUGCUGGGGAGCUCAGGAAGAGGAAGGGGCGGAGCUGCUCUGUGGCUCGCGGCUUCGGAAUCAGCCGACUGCCGCGAAGGGUGACUUGGUGUCCUCAGCGCAGCCGGGGGCCCAGAGGGCCAGCGAGGGCUGAAGUCAGCAGGGGCCGGGCGCGCCGGACAGGCGAACCGGCCCUGCCUAGUAAGCCCCGCAAUGCCCGGCCAUGGAGCGUCUCCCUGCCGGGGCUACCCAAGGUCCUGCCGGGAGCGGGGACCGGAUAGGUCUUCGGGGGCCCCCAGCCUGGGGCGCCUUUGGAUGGCCCUGGGGCUGGCGCUGGCCCUGCCCAACUCCCUGGUUCUCUGGGCCCCUGCCAGGGCACACCCUCUGCCCACCCAAGGUCAUCCCGACAGGCUCCAUCACAUAGCGCCCCAGCUCCGGGAUGCCUUUGGGUGGUGGAACCUCACCUGUCCAGUCUGCAAAAUCCUGUUCACCGCCAUCGACAUCGGGCUGAAGAUGGAGGCCAAUGUGGACCGAGUAGGUUCCAUGGCUAUCAAGAUGUGCAAUCUGCUGAAGAUAGCGUCACCUACUGUGUGCCAGUCAGCUGUCCGGCUCUUUGAGGAUGACAUGGUGGAGGUGUGGACACGCUCAGUGCUGAGACCAUCUGAGGCCUGUGGCCUGCUCUUGGGCUCCACUUGCGGGCACUGGGACAUCUUUUCAUCUUGGAACGUCUCUCUGCCGGCAGUGCCCAAGCCACCACCCCGGCCCCCCAACCCCCCAGCCCCAGGCGCCCCUGUCAGCCGUGUCCUCUUCCUCACUGACCUGCACUGGGAUCAUGACUACAUGGAGGGCAUGGACCCUGACUGUGCAGACCCGCUGUGUUGCCGCCGGGGCUCUGGGUUGCCGCCCGCCUCCCGGCCAGGUGCUGGGUAUUGGGGCGAGUACAGCAGGUGUGACCUGCCCCUGUGGACCCUAGAGAGCCUGUUGAGUGGGCUGGGUCAAGCUGGCCCUUUUGACAUGGUGUACUGGACAGGAGACAUCCCCGCCCAUGACAUCUGGCACCAGUCUCGUCAGGACCAGCUGCGGGCCCUGACCACUGUCACAGCCCUCGUGAGGAAGUUCUUGGGGUCAGUGCCUGUGUACCCUGCCGUGGGCAACCAUGAGAGUACACCUGUCAACAGCUUCCCUCCACCCUUCAUAGAGGGCAACCACUCCUCCCGCUGGCUCUAUGAGGCGAUGGCUGAGGCCUGGGAGCCCUGGCUGCCUGCUGAAGCCCUUCGCACCCUCAGAAUCGGGGGGUUCUAUGCUCUUUCCCCACGGCCCGGCCUCCGCCUCAUCUCUCUCAAUAUGAAUUUUUGUUCCCGGGAGAACUUCUGGCUCUUGAUCAACUCCACAGAUGCCGCUGGACAGCUCCAGUGGUUGGUGGGGGAGCUUCAGGCCGCUGAGGACCGUGGAGACAAAGUGCAUAUAAUUGGACACAUCCCCCCAGGGCACUGCCUUAAGAGCUGGAGCUGGAAUUAUUACCGCAUUGUAGCCAGGUAUGAGAACACCUUGGCUGGUCAGUUCUUUGGCCACACCCAUGUGGAUGAGUUUGAGGUUUUCUAUGAUGAGGAAACCCUGAGCCGGCCGCUGUCCGUGGCCUUCCUGGCACCCAGUGCCACCACCUACAUCGGCCUUAAUCCUGGUUACCGUGUCUACCAAAUAGAUGGCAAUUAUUCCGGGAGCUCUCACGUAGUCUUGGACCAUGAGACCUACAUCCUGAACCUGACGCAGGCGAACGCUCCAGGAGCCACGCCAGACUGGCAGCUUCUCUAUAAGGCGCGAGAAACCUACGGGCUGCCCAGUGCGCUUCCUGCUGCCUGGCACGACUUGGUAUACCGCAUGCGGGGAGACACGCGGCUAUUCCAGACCUUCUGGUUCCUCUACCAUAAAGGCCACCCGCCCGCGGAGCCUUGCAACACGCCCUGCCGCCUGGCCACCCUGUGCGCGCAGCUCUCCGCCCGCGCGGACAGCCCUGCUCUGUGCCGCCAUCUGGUGCUGGAUGUGAGCCGACCGGACGUGCUGAGCCUGUGGCCGCGGCUGCCGUUCUGCUAGCGCCCCUGGGGACCAGAAUUAGGCAGGUUUGUUUUUCUUGGUGAGGAAGGGGAAGUCCCAGAACGCUGAGGGCUGCCGUGGUUCAACCUCACAAGAAAGUUUGGUGGAAGAGCCCAUCCCAGGGCCCCAAAUACGCCAGGGAAACAGGACCUUCUUUCCUGGAGCUGGUUUAGCAGGACGUGAGAGGGUUUGGCAGCUCUGCCUGUGCCCAGCACCUGGGUUGCUCUGGGACUACCAUCCUUUCAUGGCCAUGAAGCUGAGGCCUAGGGAGACACUUCCUGAGCACACUGGACAGGAGCUGUCAGCUCCGGGGCCUGCUGCUGCUCCCCCUGUACUGCUGCUGCUGCCUGAUUCCCAGGCCAGGCUUUUACAAUAAAAGUCUUGAGACUUGGACUCCAGA